ACCAACACGGUUUCGUCAUCAACCAUCACUCACAAUCUCUCUCUCUCAUUCUCUUUCUCACAAGAUUAAUAAUCAAGAAUCACCACUAAACCAACCAAGAUGACAUUGAGCAGAGUUCAUCAACAAGCUAUCGCAUUUCCUGCAGCGAAGACUGCUACGAUAAGUUACUUGCCAGAACCUGCAGCUUCCAUCAACAAGCUCCAAAUCCCAACUUCAUCAAAGUUUUCUUUUCUAACAAGCAAAGGGAAAUCAAUGCUGCGAAAGAAGAAAACCGAUAGCUUCACGAACGGAGCUAGAGACCAGGACAAGUUAGGACCCAAGCUAAGUGAAACAGUCAAGAGAAAGCUAUCCUUGGGAGCUAAGAUCCUUCAAAUGGGAGGGUUAGAGAAGAUCUAUAAGCGACUCUUCAAAGUCUGCGAUGAAGAGAAGCUUUUCAAGGCGUACCAAUGUUACCUAUCCACAACCGCAGGUCCCAUCUCAGGCCUACUCUUUAUCUCAUCAAAGAAGAUUGCAUUCUGCAGCGAGAGAUCGAUCAAGGUGGCUUCUCCUCAGGGAGACAUCUCUAGGGUUCACUACAAAGUCUCAAUCCCCUUAUCCAAGAUCAAUGGUGUGAACCAGAGUCAGAACACGAAGAAACCAUCUAAGAAGUACCUUGAAGUAGUUACAGUCGAUAACUUCGACUUCUGGUUCAUGGGAUUCAUGAGCUACCACAAAGCUUUCAACUGCCUUGAGCAAGCGUUAAACAAUGAUGAGCAUUGAGCAAUAAGAUUUUCUCCGAGGAGCUAAUUAGUGCAGGUUAAUGAAGAAAUAUAUCAUUUCUAUUUUGACCUGUUUCAGUCAGAGAAUGUUAGUAAAGAGCCUAGAAGAGACUGACAAUAUUGUUUGUACAAACUCACAUUAUUUUACCCUUUUACCCAUUAUGUUUUCCAUUGUAGACACAAGAAAGAUAUAAAUGAAUAUAUUUAGCUGAUCUCAUCAGUAUUUUUUCUUA